UCCCCCUUCAGAUCACAAAAUCUCAUCCCCUGAGAGAGAGAACCCAGAGAGAGAGAGAGAGAGAGCGAUAUUGAAAAUCAAAAGCUCUCUCCUUUAUAUAAACUCCCAAUUUACAAAUCUCUUUCCCUCUCUAAAUAUUUAUCUUCUUCUUCUUUGUAUAAAAAGCCUUCACCUUUUUCUUUGAAUCAUUCAUCACCACCUUCCUUUCGCCUUUUUUGGGGAAUUUCUCUCAAUCUAUAUUAGGGUUACGAAACCCUAAAUUUUUGUUUUGAAAUCCCGGAUCGUUAACUAGCGAAAGAGGAUGGCUGAUCAAGGAAUGGAAGGGAGCCAACCUGUUGACCUUACUAAGCAUCCCUCUGGGAUUGUUCCAACUCUUCAGAAUAUUGUCUCGACAGUGAACUUAGACUGCAAGCUUGAUCUUAAAGCCAUAGCUUUGCAGGCUCGGAAUGCUGAAUAUAACCCCAAGCGUUUUGCUGCUGUAAUUAUGAGGAUAAGAGAGCCAAAGACUACAGCGUUGAUCUUUGCAUCUGGGAAAAUGGUGUGCACUGGAGCUAAAAGUGAACAUCUUUCAAAGCUGGCUGCAAGAAAGUAUGCUCGGAUUGUUCAAAAGCUUGGCUUUCCUGCAAAGUUCAAGGAUUUCAAGAUUCAGAACAUUGUAGGCUCCUGUGAUGUCAAAUUCCCCAUUAGGCUUGAAGGUCUUGCAUACUCUCAUAGUGCUUUCUCAAGUUACGAGCCUGAGCUAUUUCCAGGAUUGAUAUAUAGGAUGAAACAACCAAAGAUUGUUCUGCUUAUUUUUGUGUCAGGAAAGAUUGUUAUAACUGGAGCCAAGAUGAGAGAUGAGACUUACACCGCAUUUGAGAAUAUCUACCCAGUUCUGUCAGAGUUCAGGAAAGUCCAGCAAUAAUAGUAUCAGAGCCUACAAUAUCGAAAGCAAAAAACCAUAAUUACAUUUGGAUUGCCAAGAAGUAGAGAUCUCAGGUGGUGGUUUAGCGCUUGGUGAGGUUAUUUUCCUUGGAAAGGAACAUGGUUUGAUUCAGAUUGAAAACCAGAAAUUGUAAAUACAGAAUGGAGAUGUCAAGAAAUCUCUUUCUUUUUUUGUUCUAAAAAAGUUUCUUUCAAGUAUCUUGUUUCAUGUUCUGUUUGUUUCAAUGAGCAAUUACCCAAUCAUUCAAGAGUCA